CAGCUUACCGCAUGGCUUCCUGGUGAAUUUACGAGGUGCAUGUCAUUGUUAAGUGACGUUCGAGUUAAUAGGUAAAGUAAAAUUGAAAGACUUGGAAAUGAAACUUAACAUUAUUUUAAAAAAUUUAUGUAGCUUAAAGACUGUUAUUGCGGCAGGUAUUACAGACGCACAAGUAGAAAUUGUUAAAAUUCCGCCAAAGGCAAGUUGCUCUGGUUUUUGUAACAAUGUUAGCACUAGCAGUCCUAUUUCUCGACCUCCAGUUCUUGAACUUCCGUCGUCGGAAUGUUUGUUUUCAGCGAAUGCUAUUUGCUGGUACUUGUUUCAUCAGCGAGAAUCUGGGAAUAAUACUACGUUUGAUCCCAUUACCGAGGAAUGGCUGGAAUGGGAAAGCAACUGUUUGCAACCAUAUGUUACGACGUUUAUAGCAAAUUUCUUUGAGAAUAAUAAACUAAAUGACGCGUUAUUUUCAACUUUAAUGAAUCAUUUGCAAUAUCUGGAUUCAUUUCUCACAUCUACACCUCAUUUCCCUCGCAGCAGUGCCAGUGGAACCUUACCAGGUAUAGGUGAUGUGGUUAUUUGGUCAACUGUAUAUCCAGUAAUAACAGAUGAGAAACUAGGUGCAGAUACAGUUAAAAAAUUUUCUUCUCUUUGUAGGUGGUUUCAUGAAAUUGGUUUGAACGAAAGUUUUAAAGAAGCGGUACGGUAUGUUUUUGGUGAAAAGAAACCAAGUGCUUGUAAGGAAACUUUGAUUGAAAAAGACCCUCUUUUACAUAAUUUUGCUUUAUCUACUCAGAGAGGUAAAUUGGUUCCACAAGUAAUUAAUUCAAGUGAUGUUGAAAUGAACACUUCUCAGGUUGAAGAAGAUGUUAUUAGCCAAGAAGAAAUGUUUGUUGUUUUUAAAAACUGGUUGAAAGGGAAAAGUUUUAUGCCUAAGAAGUCUGAAGAAAAGUUUCCAAUUUUACCUCAAGAAGGGGAAAGAAAUAUUUUAGUAACGAGUGCUUUACCAUAUGUGAACAAUGUUCCUCACUUGGGAAACAUCAUAGGGGCUGUGCUUAGCGCUGAUGUCUUUGCUAGGUAUUGUCGAAACAGAAAUUAUGUGACUUUGUAUAUCUGUGGGACAGAUGAGUAUGGUACUGCUACGGAAACAAAAGCCCUAGAGGAAGGAGUAACACCUUGGGAAAUUUGUAAUAAAUACCACAGACUACACAAAGAGGUAUACCAGUGGUUUAACAUAUCAUUUGAUUACUUUGGAAGAACAACAACUGAUUGGCAAAAACAAAUUGCACAAGACAUCUUUCUAAAGCUCUAUGCGAAAAACUACUUGUUUGAAGAUACUGUGGAACAGCUAUUUUGUGAAAAAUGCCACAGAUUCCUGGCAGACAGAUUUGUGCUUGGUGUGUGUCCAUUUUGUCUCUAUGAUGAUGCCCGAGGUGACCAGUGUGACAAAUGUGGACGGCUGAUUAAUGCAGUAGAACUAAAAGAACCCAAAUGUAAAGUUUGUUCAAGCACUCCCAUCUUGAAAACAUCUCGUCACUUGUUUCUGGAUCUGCCUAAACUUCAACCAGACUUGCAUACUUGGCUUGAUCAGUCCUGUGAGAGUGGAUAUUGGACUAAUACAGCUAAGGUUAUUACAUAUUCUUGGUUAAAAGAAGGUCUGAAACCUCGUUGUUUAACUCGGGACUUAAAGUGGGGAAUUCCUGUUCCUGUGAAAGGCUAUGAAGGCAAAGUAUUUUAUGUUUGGUUUGAUGCUCCAAUUGGAUAUUUGUCUAUUACUGCUUCUUAUACUGAUCAGUGGGAAAAUUGGUGGAAGCAGCCAGAAAAGGUACAGCUGUAUCAGUUUAUGGCCAAAGAUAAUGUACCAUUUCACAGUAUAAUUUUUCCUGCAUCAAUAAUUGGGACGAAAGAAAAAUUCACCAUGGUGAAUCACUUGAUUGCUGUUGAAUAUCUCAAUUACGAAAAUGAUAAAUUUUCAAAAAGUAGAGGUAUAGGAGUAUUUGGUACAGAUGCUAAAGAGACUGGAAUUCCAUCAGAUGUCUGGCGUUUUUACCUUCUAAGUCUCCGACCAGAAUCACAGGACUCUUCUUUCAGUUGGAAUGAUCUUUUACUGAAGAAUAACUCAGAGUUAUUAAACAACUUUGGCAACUUCGUGAACCGAGCACUGAUGUUUCUUGCCAACAACUUCAGUUGUGUGAUUCCUGAAAUGAAAAUAAAUGAAGAAGAUAAAAUGUUACUAGUACGUGUGAAUCGAGAGUUGCAGAGUUAUAUUGAGUUAAUGGAAAAGGUUAAGCUUCGAGACGCAAUUCGUCCUGUGUUCUCUAUUAGUCGUCUGGGCAAUCAACACAUUCAGUCCAAUAAGCCUUGGGAACAUGUGAAAGGCAGCAACGAACAGAGAGAACGUGCAGGAACAGUGAUGGGGCUUUGUGCUAACAUUGCUUGCUUGCUGGCUACCUUAAUCGAGCCUUACAUGCCAGAGACAAGUACUAAAUUAAAACAGCAGCUGAACACAACUCCAGAUUGUCAUGUUAUUACUUCCUUUUUUACUUGUUGUUUACCAUCAGGACACAAAAUUGAUUAUCCUAAACCACUUUUCAAAAAACUUGAAACAAGUUUUAUUGAAGACCUGAAGAAAAAAUUUGCAGGUGACGAACAACCCAAGGAGAAAUCACCAUCAAAGAAAAUGUCAAGCAAAGGUGGUAAGUCUACAUCUGUUGUAGAACCAAGCACUCAAAUACAUGAUACAGUCGACCAAGCAUCUUUAGACCAUUUAACAGAUUUAGUUGCUAAGCAAGGAAAUCUAGUUAGAGAUUUGAAAAGUAGGAAGGCUGAAAAAGCAGAAAUUGAAAGAGAAGUUCAACAGCUUCUGGAGUUAAAAAGACAGCUGGCUUUAGCUUCGGGAAAAGAUCCCAAUGAAGUAUCUGGACAACAGAAAAAAAAGAACAGAAAAAAAUAACACAAGAAUUAAUAGACAGACCUAAUUGAACAUGAUAAUAUUUAAAUUUAAAAAGUUUUUUUUUUUUAAGUUCUUCAGAGAUGCCAAGAAAUUUACGUAUAUGAUUUUGUGGCAUUUUGGUUUAACUGCAUGAAAAAGAAAUUACCAAUUGGCCUUCUUAGAUAUUUUAUGCUUAAAUUAAACUAUUGUUAACAUAUAUGUAUAAUGUAUGAAAACUUUAAAAAUAUUUAAUUUGGUAAGCUUGUGACAUUUCAUUGUAUUGCUGUAAAGAACAGGUAUUGAAUUGUUUGUUAUGAUCAUUUACAAAUAUAGCAGAUUGGUGUUAUUAACAAUAAAAAAAAAAUGUAUAGUAAGUAAUAAACUUAUUACAUUUCCUAAAAUGUAAAUGUGGCUUGCCAUUCUACAUCUAUUAACUACGUAAUUUUGGUUAACCACAGUUUUAUGCAACUUUCUAUGAAUUUUUCAGUAUUUCUCAUUUUAUGUAAUGUUAGCUUACACAAGCAAAAUGUUAAACUGAAAAUAAAAAUACUGGUAUAAGGA